AUGGAAAAGUAUGGCACCGAGGCUCCGAUUUCACCACCUGAAGAAAGCGACCACCGGCUGGAAGACGGUGACUUUCCAGAUGGUGGAACUCAGGCGUGGUUGGUCGUCCUCGGGGCUUUGUGCGCAAAUAUUUCAGCAUUUGGCUACGUCAAUAGUUGGGGAGCCUUUCAAGCUUACUACGAGAGCGUUGUUCUCACCACCACCACGCCAUCAACGAUCGCCUGGAUAGGUUCCAUCCAGUAUGCUCUCGUGUUUCUGCCUGCGUUGCUCACGGGUCGGAUGUUCGACCUCGGAUAUUUCAAAAUCCCAUUUUUCGCCGCUAGUGUGCUACUGGUCGUUGCGACUUUCCUCAUAGCGCAAUGCACUCAGUACUGGCAAUUCCUUCUGUGCCAGGGUUUCGCCGUCGGUCUCUCCUGCGGAUUCAUCUUUGGUCCUGUCAUGGGCAUUAUUUCACAUUGGUUCAAGCGGCGAAGAGCAAUGGCGCUCGGGAUUAUCGCCUGUGGGUCUAGUAUCGGUGGCACCGUCUUUCCCAUCGCGUUUCGCAAUCUUGUCGCCACGGUGGGGUUCAAAUGGACGAUGCGCAUAUUCGGAUUCAUCCUGAUAUGUACGCUCGGCGUGGCGAACGUGACGCUCAAGAGAAGGUUGCCCCCUGUGAACGUCUCGGGCGGUCUACUGAACCUCAAGGUCUUUCGCUCGCCUGCGUUCACCGUUUACACCAUCGCCAGCUUCGUCGCUUUCCUCGGACUUUAUACCGUACUCACAUAUAUUGACGCGAGCGGCCCGACGCAAGGUGUUAGCUCGGAUUUCUCGUUCUAUCUCGUCGCCAUCGCCAAUGCAUCCUCGGGAUUCGGCCGACUGAUGGCUGGGUUUGUGGCAGAUAGGAUUGGUGCACUGAACAUCAUGAUACCAUUCACUGUGCUUGCCGCAGUGUUCACCUUCAUCUGGCCGUUUGUCUAUGGUCAGACCGCCCUCAUUAUUAUCGCUGUAUUCUAUGGCUUUGCCUCAGGUGCCUUUGUCGGUCUCCUCAUAGCACCCAUGAUCGCAAUGGGUGAUACGAGUGACGUCGGUCGGCGUUCCGGGAUGUACAUGACGCUGCUCUCGUUCGGUGCUCUCGCGGGUCCGCCGAUCUCAGGAGCUAUCAAUACAGCCACGGGAGGCUAUAAGGCUGUUGGAAUAUAUGCCGGUACUUCCAUCAUGGUGGCGGUGGUGCUGAUGUGUGCGACGAGGCAUCUGGUGCUGAAGAGCUUCUGGGGGAGGUUCUGA